CGCGCGGAAGAGGUACGUACAGAGGGGGGAAAGAAACGUCACUGAGGGAAGCUGAACACACUGGGCGAUGUUUAAUUCGCACAAUUAUUUAUUCACCCCUGUUCCCGUUUGUGACCGCGGAGCCGUCGCAGCUCGAAGUGCGACUUCCUCUUCGUGCUCGCUCGGAGGGUGUCGUCACCCUCACCGCCCGCAGGGGAGCGCUGACUCUGUCACACCGCCGCUCAACUUCCCGUCAAGACGCGGCGCGGGCGAGAAGAGCUGCUGCUGAGAGAAAAAGGGGAACGACAGCAGGGCUUGUCAAGAGGAGAGGACGUGCUAGGGUCCUCGGGGCGUCUGGCCGCAGAAAGGGUGCUAUUGUCCUCCUGCCGAUGGCGAGCAGACGCGGAUCUGCUAAUUAGCCUGCGUUGGUCCCUGCAGAGAGGGAGAGCGGAGCCGGGCUGCUAGCUGCAGCGACAGGGCUUUUAAGGGGGCCGUUGUGCACAUCUCAUCCGCAACCUGGACGUUUCUUCCCGUCGACCGGUUUCACUCCUAAUGAUGGGGUCCUUCAGCGGAUAGCACCCUCCAACCCUCCCGUCUAACCCCACCGUCGCGCCCUGGCUCGGAUUCGCCCCUCGGGCGCUGUCCUCGCAGGGGGGUAACGGGUUCACCACUGCCCGGUAAAGCCAACUUGCAGGCGGCGGGUUGGUGUUCGUGAUCCUCGGCCGCCCUGCCUCGUCUCCGUGCCCCUCCGUCCCGAACCGAGCCGGAAGAUGGCAGGGAACCUGAAGAAAGGUGGGGGGAUCAUCGGAAUGAUGAAGGAUGCCUUCCAGCCACACCAUCACCACCUCCACUCCCAUCACCAGCCCGGGGCCGUGGACAAGAAAACCGUGGAGAAGUGCUGGAAGCUGAUGGACAAGGUGGUACGGCUGUGCCAAAACCCCAAACUGGCUCUGAAGAACAGCCCCCCUUACAUCCUCGACCUGCUGCCAGACACGUACCAGCACCUGCGCACCAUCCUGUCUCGCUAUGAGGGCAAAAUGGAGACUCUGGGAGACAACGAGUACUUCCGGGUCUUCAUGGAGAACCUGACCAAGAAGACCAAGCAGACCAUCAGCUUGUUCAAGGAAGGCAAGGAGCGCAUGUAUGAGGAGAAUUCGCAACCCAGACGAAACCUCACCAAGCUGUCGUUGAUCUUCAGUCACAUGCUGGCUGAGCUGAAAGCCAUUUUCCCCAAUGGCCUGUUUCAAGGUGACAACUUCCGCAUAACCAAAGCUGAUGCUGCAGAGUUCUGGAGGCGCGCCUUUGGGGACAAAACCAUUGUGCCUUGGAAGGUGUUCCGACAGUCUCUCCAUGAGUUUCAUAACAUCAGCUCUGGUCUGGAGGCCAUGGCUCUCAAAUCCACCAUAGAUCUUACCUGCAACGAUUAUAUCUCAGUGUUUGAGUUCGACAUCUUCACUCGGCUAUUCCAGCCUUGGUCAUCCCUGCUGCGAAACUGGAACAGCUUGGCUGUUACUCACCCAGGGUACAUGGCCUUCCUCACAUAUGAUGAGGUCAAAGCUCGGCUGCAGAAAUUCAUCCACAAGCCUGGCAGUUACAUCUUCCGACUGAGUUGCACUCGACUGGGCCAGUGGGCCAUCGGUUACGUGACAGCCGAUGGGAAUAUUCUCCAAACCAUUCCCCACAAUAAGCCCCUCUUCCAGGCCCUCAUUGAUGGUUUCAGAGAAGGCUUCUAUUUAUUCCCAGAUGGCCGGACUCAGAACCCCGACCUGACGGGUCUGUGUGAGCCUUCACCUCAAGACCACAUUAAAGUCACACAGGAGCAAUAUGAGCUGUACUGUGAGAUGGGCUCCACUUUCCAGCUCUGUAAAAUCUGUGCGGAGAAUGACAAAGAUGUGAAGAUCGAGCCUUGUGGUCAUCUCAUGUGCACUUCCUGUCUCACCUCCUGGCAGGAGUCGGAGGGUCAGGGAACGGGAUGCCCCUUCUGUCGGUGUGAGAUUAAAGGUACAGAGCCGAUUGUCGUAGAUCCUUUUGACCCCAAGGACAACAGCGGGGGCUCAAGUCGGGCCGCCAUGGGAGCCGGGGGAGCUCCAUCGCCAAGCUAUGACGACGACGACGAUGACAGACUUGAAGACCCCCACCUGGUAAUGAGCAAACUUGCUGGCACAAAGGUGGAACGCCCCCCAUCACCCAUGUCCAUGCCCCCUCAGUCAUCUCUUCCCCCAGUGCCUCCCAGACUGGACUUGUUACCACACAGACCUCCAAACCCUCCUGGUGCCUCUAGUCCCGGGGCCACCAGUAAGGCGGCAUCACAUCACAAAGACAAGCCUCUUCCACUUCCCCCUGCACUGCGGGAUCUCCCUCCGCCCCCUCCUCCAGACAGACCUCACACAGCCGGGGCGGCUCCAGAAGCUCGGCAUCCGAGGCGGCCCCUACCCUGCACACCAGGGGAGCCCCUUCGAGAUAAGCUCCCUCCCACUCCCCCGAACCGUCCUUUGGCUGACUGGAACUCCAGACCUGUUCCCAAAGCUCCAACCCCCUCUUCUUCAUCAUCUUCACCAUCCUCCUCAUCCACCCACGUGCCCAGCCUGGGGUGCGACCUCAGAGCAGGUGUCAGAGAGCUCUCCAACAGACACUCCCUCCCCUUGGCGCUGCCCUCUGCGCUGGACAACCGCGUGGACUCUCAGAAGAACAACAGCUCCCUCAGUCUGGACCACCAGCUGAGUUUUGCUCCAAUAGUUUCUCAAGAUUAUGACAACCCCAAAGUGAAACCAUCAGUCUCGGCCAAUGCCAUCUACGCACUGGCAAACAGACCGUCUCUAGGUUUGAGGCAAGUGCCUGGAGAAGAGGGGUGUGAGAGCGAGGAAGACUCUGAGUACAUGAUCCCUUCAUCUCGCCCCAUUGCUGUCCCAUCAGUACCAGACACCCUGCAAGUCCAAAGGCCCCCACAGCCUCAACCGCUAACUGCUCUGCAGGCACAGCCUCAAGCCCCUGCAGUCAACUCGCGGCUCACACAAGGUGCAGAAGAUGGGCUGAUAUCGCAUGAACCCAUGUACGGCGCCCAGCCGAGGUCACAACAAGCAAGAGAUUCAGAUUACUCAGAGCUGCCUCCCCUGUCGGUCACUAACGAGCCCAGAGACCUUGCAGCAGAGGACAGAGAGGAAGAGGAAAACGGCUACGACUUCCCAAAGCCUCGGCUACCGCAGCCCCCUGCUCGGCGGACCUUUUCAGAAAUGGGGGGGUCUCUGUCAUCAUCUUCAUCCUCCUCAUCGUCAUGCUCGUCCUCUGUCGCACCCUUUAGCCGCCUUUCCCUAGAUUCAGAUUUUGGAGCUGCAGCAUCUGCUUUAGAGCCAGCCGAAGCACCGGAGAGACCUCCAAAGCCGCUGCCCAGACGGAUCAACUCGGAGCGCCGCCACAGCCCCGUCCCGCCUGUGCCCGCUCUGCCCAGCGGCGGCGCCGCGGGCGGGGAGGCCAACCCCCUGAUCAGCAGCGAGAUCGAGCACCUCAUGAGUCAGGGGUACUCCUACCAGGACAUCCAGAAAGCUCUGAUGAUUGCACAGAACAAUAUAGAAAUGGCCAAGAACAUCCUGCGUGAGUUCGUCUCUGUUCCCUCCACUGCCCACAUUUUCACAUAGCAGAUCGUGGCGCCCACGAAUCGCGGUUGGCUCUCUUCGCCCUAGCUUGGCUCAGCCUGGUUUGGUUUUGGUCGGUGCAGACCGACCAGAAAAGCCUACUGCCUCCAGGACCACGUAAAGUCCUGCCUGACGCCCCCCGCCCCUCUCCACCGAACCCGCCUGUGGUUUCUGACCUGGCUGUUACUCAGCAAGCUUACAGUAUCUGCAGGAAUCUGCGGCGGGCACGCCAUGCGCUUUCAAAAGUCUCAUGCUCUUUUUUUUUUUUUUCUUCUUCUUCGAGUGUUUGGUUUCAGGAGCAUCUCCUCGGGACCGCCCAAACGCAGUGGCCCGAGACUUUCAUAGGAAUCUGCCGAAGACAAACUCUCAUCUUUCAUGUUGAAGUCUCUCGCUGAAAAUAUAAUCAACACCUCACAAGGAAAACUAAAAGUGUAUGUCUAUAUGAGAAUUUAAUAUAUAAGUAAGUAUAUAUUAAAUGUGUGUAAUAUAUACAGUACGUGCAUAAAUAAUAUGUGAAAAUGGUUCAGUUUGGAGGGUUGCUCUUGGUACCACUGCAGGGUUAGCGGGGGUGGGGGGACAGGAGUCGGAUUACGGGAAGACAGGAAGGAAGAGGAAGUCGAAUCGGGCGUCUUCCUCACCAGGAUGCGUUAGUCAGCAGAACCUUGGAAAACGUGCAGCAGAGCUUUUCAUCUUGACUUCAGUCGGAUACGGCCUUUAAUUAACAUUGCUUUGGUACUUUUUUUUUUUUUUUUUGAAACAAAAAAAAGCAAGCGUUUUGUUUGUAGCAUGAUGAUGGUUUCAGGUCUGGACAUGUUGCUGGCUGCUUGUGUGUUUUGUGUACGUGAGCAUGGUUGCCUGUGUGUGUGUGUGUGUGUGUGUGUGUGUGUGUGUGUGUGUGUGUGUGUGUGUGUGUGUGUGUGUGUGUGUGUGUGUGUGUGUGUGUGUGUGUGUGUGUGUGUUUGCCAGACUUUUUACUCCACUCGUCCUGCUCUCGGAUGAACCCCCUCCCUCUCCUGUCCGUCUCAACAUGAAUGUGUACUCCAGUCCGCGUACUUGGACUCGCGCUCUGUUAAUGUACUACUGCUCUAAGUUAUAAGGCGGGGCCUGGCGUAGCUGCAGAGGUGCGUCCUGCAGCUAGCAGACCAGGCUAGUUGUUGUGUGAUCUGUGGUGGCUCACAUGUUUUCUUUCUGUUGUAUGAACUCACUGGCUGGUCCGGGUUUCUGUCUCCAGCUGAGUCCAGUGUUACAAGACAAAAACGAAAAGAAAAAAAAACGUAUUGACUUACUUUGAUAAUAUAUUGUUGUUAUACGAUCAUAAAUAUUGUUGGUAUAAUUAAUUCAGAAGUGUUUCACUGCUGCUAUUAUUGUUAGUGCUAAACAAUUAAAGCCUUAAAUGUACAUUUGUGAAUACUCUGUUUAACCGUCAUCUUGUUUCUUUAAAGUGACAGUAUCAUUUGUCUUUCCUGUUCAUAAUGUAGCAUACUUGAAGAGUAUACGCAGCUCGUGAGCCCGCAGCCCUCUCAAGCUGUCGACCUGUUUUGUAUUUUUAACCUUUGGUUCUGUUCUUUCUUUAGUGUAUAUACAAGGUUCCUACACAAUUUUUGAAAAGUUUGAAAUUUGAUUUUUACAUUUAAAGUUUGAGAUAUAUUUGAGUUUCUAGACUAUCAUAAGUAUUUCCAUUAUCUAAAGGAGAAAAAUCUGAAUAUCAGGGAAAAAACAGGCUGUUUAUACCUUAGGAUUUCAGCAUUUUUAAGUAAAAUUUACAGAAUAAAUAAUAAAGGGCUAUUUAAUGCCUUUUUGGUAACUGGUUCUGCAUGAUUUAAGAAAUUCAUAAAAGUGCUAUGCUAAUAAUUGAACGCUGAACAUUUUCAGCACUUUUCUGUAAUCAUGAAAAGCCCACCACUCUUUAAGCUUUCCUGUAUAAGCACUGCAUGAGUUGUGCUACUUCAUUCAUUCAGUUUCUACAAGCAAGUAAAAGAUUAAAUUACAUGUAGGGAUGAUACAAUUCAGAUUCGACCAGUCUAGAUGUUUUAGAUGUUCAGAGACCCAUUCAAUGUUGGUCCAGAAGCCAAAACACUGAAUCUAACAGGCAACUAAGUGGGUUCAACGUAUACUUCCAUGUUUUUUAAAGGUGGAAAGAUUUCUAUAUAUCCAGCAUUAUUUCUUUCUUAAAAGUGGAAAAAAGGUGAAGUUGCCACCUUUCUGCCAAUCGGUUGCCAGGUGUGGGACGGGCUAUGUUGCAUUUCUUCCUAAAAUAAUUGUAGCAGGUUCUUUUCACAGCAUUUUGGGCCCUCUGCCCUCCAACAUCAGGGUCCUGUGGUUCCUAACCUGGGCAGAAAAAAAAACACAAGCUUAUUUAAAGCAGAUGAUGUCACAGUUAAGUCAACAACAAUCGGGUCUUGAAAUCUUUUGCAGAAUUCAAAGUAACAUUUGUAUUUAUAAAGUGCACUAAUGGGGAAAAUAAUAAAAUAAAAAAAACUGUAUUCUUAGUUGAUACAAUUUGUGUUGCUGCUCUACCAUUUUUUAAAAUUGACUUUCCGAAACAUGCAUGCCCAAAUGAUAGUUGGGGGUAAAAAGAACCUACAACCAGUAUCUCAGAUUGGGAAUUGAAUGUUUUUCACAUAUUUUGAUUUAAAGCAGUGCAAACUUGAUCCAGAAUCCCAAAACACAUUGAGCAAGUCUUUCCCCCUCUUUAAAAUCUACCAACUAGUUAGUUCUCCUGUCAAAAAUGUCUUUUUUUUGUUUGUUUGUUUUUUUGUGAUUAGAAAAAUAUAGCCAAACCACCAAAUUAGUCUUUCAAUGAAUGAUAGAAGAAACCGUCUUUAAGGCAGUGAGCAGCAACAGAUAUAGGCCUUAUGUGUCAGAGAUUAUGAAAAAGAGUUGAUCAAAGACGACCCAGAAGCCAAAAAAGCUGUGAAAUAACUCCUCUGCAAAAUUGGAAGCCAACCUCAAUGUUGUAGAAUUUAACGAUUUGUGAAAUAUAGAGAUAAUAUAAGCUUAAAAAUAUGGACAGUAGUAAUAAUAAGCAAAUGAGAAUCGUUGCCAGUAGGAACCUUGUGUAUAUUAACAGUAACAAAGCAACCAAAAUGCUUUUAAAGUUUUCGGUAAAAGACGAAUGCUUUCUGUUGAGCUCUGCCUUCUCGUUUGCUCUGAAAAGAGGAGCGAGCGCUGAGGCUUUGCGUAGCGUAGACCCCUGGGUACGCUGGCCCCGCCCCACGGUCUACGGUAAAAAAAAUCAGUAUUUGGGCCGACUGUAACAACUAACUCAGGAAUAAAUGCUGUUGAAACGUGGAGCGGACUCUUUAGCACAGACAGCAGCUCACCUGUGUACAGCCAAAAGUAACUGCUUCUUAGUCACAGACUUGCACAUUUUGUUUUUGUAUCAUUUCUCCAGUGUUCGCAGGAGCAGGAACAGCAGCUUUUUACUUCCAGGUACUCUGAAUUUAAAGGAUAUAGUCACACAAACAGCUUGUAGGUACAUUAACUUGAGGCUCUCCCAGUAUAUGAAGAAUGUUUUUGGUGUUUUUAUAUUAUUUUCUGAUUGGGGGGUUGCCAAGUGGCCCCAGUUUGUCUUCACCUCUUCCGGCUGAUGCUGUGUGUUGACUGGAAGCUCUCUCUGCGCUGUCUCUAGUUCUGUUUCAUGUUUAUUUCCUAGUUGCCUUGAGAAACUUCUUGAAUGAUGAUGGACUGGGGUGGUCCGCAAUCCUCAAUACUGUACCGAUGUUUCAAGAAGGCAUUUGAUUAUGUAUUAUUAAUUAAUCUUUAUUUUUGCACAGCAUACCGAUUUGUGCUUUGAUACUGUCACUCUAAAGAACAGCUCAUUGUAUACAUUUAAAGAAAGUCAUUUUUGCAUUCCUGUGCAUUUUGUCCCAAAGGUUUUGUUUACUUGUUUGUUUUUCUUGACUUGUGCCAUAUGUUUAGAGAGAGAAAGAGAGAGAUCACCGACGUCCUUACUUUUGUUUUGUUUUUUUAAAAAAGGCCUUGAUAUUCGAGGAGUGUUUGUGGGUCUCAAUCUGUACCUGUUGGUCUUUGAAGGCAACAUAGUGCAGUAAUGCUUGCAUCGAUCUGUCCUCUGCCUCUUCAGCCGCAUCUAGCCUCAUCCCUCAAAUGCUUCAGUGUCUUUUUUUCUCACUUUUUCCAGAUCAGUUCUCAACCUCUGGAUGCCCCAGAUGCUCAGUGCUGUGCAAUUUCAAUAUUCAACCAGGAGAGGGGGCUGUCGUUCUAAUUUCCUCCCCCUAAACCUCAGUAAAAGAAAGGCAUUCAUUAUUUUUUUUAAUGGUUUUUAAAGCUCAUAUCAAUUUGAAAAUAGGCACAUUGCUGUUAAUAAAAGGUUAAGCAAC